GCUAUUUAAGGGCACCUGGAGUUCAGAGUAAUCAGGACAGUUACUUGGAGCUGUCGACCCUGGCUUCCUCUGAGAGGGAACUGUGGACAUGAAGACCCUUCUGUUGUUGGCCUUGACCAUGGCCUUUGGCCUGCUGCAGAUGCAGACCCACGGGAGUCUGGUGGAUUUCCAUAAAAUGAUCUUUUUGGCGACAAGAAAGGAAGCUGUGUCCAGUUAUUCCUUCUAUGGUUGCCACUGCGGCGUGGGCGGCAAAGGAUCCCCCAAGGAUGCGACGGAUCGGUGCUGUGCCACACAUGACUGCUGCUACGACCGUCUGCAGAAACGAGGCUGUGGCACCAAGUUUCUGGGCUACAAGUUUUCUUACCAGAAGGGCCGAAUCAUCUGCGCAAAGCAGGACUCCUGCAGGAGCCAACUGUGCCGGUGCGAUAAAGCAGCUGCCACAUGUUUUGCGAAAGCCCGGAAAAGCUACAGCAGGAAGUACCAAUACUACAGCAACAAGAAGUGCAGUGGGAAGUCCCCCAAGUGCUGAGGGCUGCCUCACCCUGGAAGCCCCCGCCGCUGAGGCCGGGUUCCCUCCUCUGCCUGCCACCCCUUCCGCACCCUAGCUAGUCCCCCAGCAACAAAGCGAUGACAGAAACACCUCUCCCCCAUCCUGGAGACAAGACAAGAGCCCUUUGGUCCCCAAAUAGAAGACUUCCACCCAGAAUGAGAAGCCCUGAGGCUGGCGUUCCUGGCACCUUGUCCCCCUCUUCCUCAGGGUGGCAGGAGAUGUCCCCAUUGCCCCUGCUCUCCAAGUCCUGCUGAGCAGUGGCAGCUACACUCCCAGGGGCUCUUGUGAAUAAAGCAAUUCAUCAGCAGACUCUGUGUG